GCGACUAACGAUGAUGUGAUCAAGGAGACACAGAGCAUUCGAUGUCAACUACUGUUACGGGAAUACCUCUCUGAUGUGGUACAGAAGGAGAGCGCAUUCGAUGAGGCUAUGGCGACCACAGUUGUGCAGGACUACUACGAUGUUACCAUGGAAACGGUGGGUACAAGUGGAAUCUAG